AGUGAGAAUCUCGAUUGGCUCGAAGCUGACGAACUAAAUUAAUAACGUACCUAAUUAAAAAUCAGUUUCCAUUGACAUAUCAAAACAUUUAAAGUAUUGGCGACGUAUAUGCCUAUAAUUGGAUUAAAUGCUUCCAUGGACUACGGUUUACCGCAGGGCGGGAAAGGGAAGGGCAAUCCCAGCGCUACAGCGCGUCAGGGUUAUUUUGGCGAUUGCAUUCUUAUUUAUCAUGCACUCAUUAUACUCAUUUUACAUUGAUUCAUCAAACGAAGAAAGAAGACUCUCUAAAAAAUACACAGUAUUAAUUCGCACAAAGGAAAGCACUUCCACGUCCAGAUAUAUCCACCCACAGCUGUCCGAAGAGCUACCUAACGCAGCUGCUGCAAAAGAAAAAGCGAAUAAUCCCAGUCUUACUCAGUGGUCCGUAGCGGCCAGGCCUAAUAAUGUCAGUGACGUCACCAUAAAGUUUUAUGACUUUCAAGACCUAAACGACGACACUGGAGGCGAAGUGAUCAAUAACGUCAGCACCGUCAGUGGCGUAAACGUUGACAUAAGCGUUGUCAAGGACGUUGAUGUCACAAGUGACGUGAAUGGCGUCAGUGGCGUAAACGUUGUCAGUGGCGUCAACGUCAUUAAGGACACAAGCGUUGUCAAAGACGUUGAUGUCACAAGGGACGUGAAUGGCGUCAGUGGCUUCAUAGUUCCGAGGGUUCCGAGUGACGUCGUCAUCGUCAGUAACGAUACUGAAGAAACUUUUGGAUUAGCAAAUAACGAACGAAAGCUGUGUGACUUACCGUCGGAUUUAGGUCCAAUUUCAGCGAAUACAUCAGAUAUAUCGCUUGAUAUCGUAGAGCAGAAAUAUCCUGAGGUGAAGUUGGGAGGGCGGUACUCACCGCUCGACUGCUUAGCUAGGCACAGAGUUGCGAUCAUAGUGCCAUUCAGAGAUAGACUGAAGAACUUGGCAACAUUCUUGAAUCACAUGCAUCCGUUUCUGAUUAAACAACGAUUAGAUUAUGGUAUAUUCAUCGUGGAACAAAAAGGCACACACGAGUUCAACCGCGGCAAGCUCCUGAACGUAGGUUUUCUCGAGGCUGGUGGAUGGGAGUGCUACAUAUUCCACGACAUCGAUUUGUUGCCGCUCGACCAGCGGAACCUCUACACUUGCCCGCAUCCGCAGCACCCGAGGCUGUAUGAAGCCGCCGAGCUCAUCAUGCAGCUCAUGAACGUGGGUUUUCUCGAGGCUGGUGGAUGGGAGUGCUAUAUAUUCCACGACAUCGAUUUGUUGCCCCUCGACCAGCGGAACCUCUACACUUGCCCGCAUCCGCGGCACCCGAGGCUCUAUGACGCCGAGCUCAUGCAGCUCAUGAACGUGGGUUUUCUCGAGGCUGGUGGAUGGGAGUGCUACAUAUUCCACGGCAUCGAUUUGUUGCCGCUCGACCAGCGGAACCUCUACACUUGCCCGCAUCCGCGGCACCCGAGGCUGUGUGAUGCUGCCGCUGCAGCUAAAUUGAAAGCGAAUUUUGGCGGAGUCUCAGCCCUGACUGUGGAGCAAUUUGCCAAAGCGAACGGCUACUCCAAUGGUUAUUGGGGAUGGGGUGGCGAGGACAAUGACUUGUAUUACAGAUUGUCAGGUUUGGGGUACACAGUCACACAGUACAACUCAGCUAUAGCUCGGUAUGUAGCGUUGAAACACAAACAAAAAUCACGGAACCCAAGAAGAUACCGACUGCUCCUCCAAACGAUCAAGGCCUUCCAAUUCGACGGAUUGUCCUCCUUGGAGUACAAACUUGUUUCCAAAACUCACAAUAAACUCUACACCCACAUAGUGGUCAACAUCGACCAUACGUACGAUGAAGUACAAGAGCUGUUCCAAGAGCAUAACAGUUUUAAACGUUUGAAGGAAAUGUUUGUUCUCCGUGCAAAGCAAAGUCUUCUUCACAACUCAACAACUGUACAUAAACGUAAACGUCGACCAGGGAUUACAAGACCUUAUUCAAGAUUUACAAGACCACGCCGAUUUUAUACUUACAGAGAACCGACUGUUCAUUCUUCAUUCAGUACCAUGAUGCCUUUUUGAUGAUGAGAGAUUUUUGAUCUGGGGAAGUGCUUGCUGUCGGGUCUCUCCUAUCUACUUUUCACACUUGGACUUCAUCGGAUAUAUUUAAAUGCUGAAAUCAAGUUCGUUAAAAAAAACUGUGACAUAAUGACAGAUGACGGUUUUUGCCAUUUUCUUUCCACUUUCCAGUCUUUAACAAAGGGAAGGAGAAUAAAAUACAAGCAAUUUAAAAAACGAAAAAUUUAUUUAUAAAAACCAAUAAGACAAAAUAAAAUUCAAUGAGCUUAUCACCUUUUCUUAAGUAUCUCAAUGGUCACUUAUAUUACCUACCGGUUGUAUACAUUCCUAACUUGCGCUUCGCGCUUGACACAUUCCCAAAUAACCUUCUUUAGACCCACGUCGAAGAAUAUUAUAUACCAACGGACUUUGGCUAUCGUGGAUUAUAAAAUAAUAAACUUAAAUAUUUCUAGUUGUUCGUCGUUUGCAUUAUUUUAUAUGUACAAUUUUUCAUAAAAUUAAUUAAAAUUAUCUUUCACGGAACGGCAUUAAAAUAAUGUAUUGCUAGAGGCUUUUAUAUAUGUCAAAUCUCAAAAUAAAAUUAUAACUUUUAUUAACACAUUGAGUGCCGGGAACCUUCUCGGUUCGUAGUCACUUUCCUCUACAAAGCGUGAUCGGCUACGUCAACCGACACGCGCGGCUAUAGUCCAAUAUCGUGGCGUGGCGUUCAAAGGAUUAAGCGCGACCUUGGUCUAUAAGAUUCCUGUAUCCUUUCACAACAGUUAACGCAUGCAUUCUGUAAAUCUCCUUUAAAUUCGACUUUAAUGUAAAUUUGCUACGAAGAUAAGUUCUAAGAAUACGCUGUCCUGCUUUAUAAUUCUCACUUUUGUAACGUG